AUGACGGAUAUCCAAGCUUCUCUUUUGCUCUACAAUAUCUUUCCAUGGAUAAUGAAAUUUCUUCCUGGAUCUCACCAAACUGUUAUUAAAUACUGGGUAAAAUUGAAAAUGUUUGUUGUUCAAAUGAUUGAAAAUCACAGGAGAGAUUGGAAUCCUGAUCAACCCAGAGACUUCAUUGAUGCGUACCUUAAGGAAAUGGCAAAGUAUACAGGCAAUGAUACUUCAAGUUUCCAUGAAGAAAACCUUGUCUGCAGCACGCUGGACCUCUUCUUUGCUGGAACAGAGACAACUUCUUCAACACUACGCUGGGCUCUGCUUUACAUGGUCAUGAACCCAGAAAUCCAAGAAAAAGUACAAGCUGAAAUAGACAGAGUACUUGGCCAGACCCAGCAGCCCAGCAUGGCCGACCGAGACCACAUGCCCUACACUAAUGCUGUCAUCCAUGAGGUGCAAAGGAUGGGCAACAUCAUCCCCUUGAAUGCCCCCAGGGAAGUGGCAUUUGACACCACUCUGGGUGGAUAUGACCUGCCAAAGGGGACCAUGAUCAUGACCAAUCUGACUGCACUGCACAGGGACCCCAAAGAGUGGGCCACCCCUGACACAUUCAACCCAGAGCACUUCCUGGAGAAUGGACAGUUUAAGAAAAGAGAAUCCUUCAUGCCCUUUUCAAUAGGAAAACGCGUUUGCAUUGGAGAACAGCUGGCCAGAGCUGAGUUGUUUAUCUUCUUCACUUCCCUUGUACAAAGAUUUACCUUUAGGCCCCCAGCCAAUGAGAAGCUGACUCAGAAGGUUAGAAUAGCCAUCCCCCUCUCUCCUGCCAGUUACCGCAUCUGUGCUAUUCCUCGAGCCUGA